AAAAACAUUGAAACUCAACGAACAUUCUUUUUUUAUUUAUAUAAAAGGCAGAGGAAGAAGCUGCCAUUAUUCCACAACAAGCCAUAGACAUUGGCAUAAAAAAAAUUCUGUAUCUAUCUCUUGCUGCUGAGAACAACUUUGUUGCAAAUUAUUAAUUAUAUCAAUUUAUCCACAUUCUUCAGAUAUAUAAGCAAAGAUGGGAGAGAUAUCAUCAAGCUUUCAAUUAGGUGUGAUUGGUGCACUUUUUCUUUCAGUGGCUUCCUCAGUCUCCAUUGUCAUUUGCAACAAAGCUUUGAUGAGCAGCCUUGGCUUUCCAUUUGCUACAACUCUUACAAGUUGGCAUAUGAUUGUUACAUUUGGCACACUUUAUGCUGCUAAAAGACUUAAAUUCUUUGAGGCCAAACCCAUUGACAUGAAGACAGUCAUACUUUUUGGCAUUCUAAAUGGUGUCUCUGUUGGAUUCCUCAACUUGAGCCUUGGCUUCAAUUCCAUUGGAUUCUACCAGAUGACAAAACUUGCAAUUAUACCAUUCACAGUAUUGCUGGAAACCGUUUUUCUCAAAAAGGAGUUCAGCCUAAAAAUAAAAUUCUCUCUCUCCCUUUUACUUUUGGGAGUUGGCAUUGCUUCAAUCACAGACCUUCAGCUCAAUUUUCUUGGAACAAUAAUUUCAGUUCUAGCUAUCAUAACAACAUGUGUUAGCCAAAUUCUUACCAGCACCAUACAGAAGAAGCUUAAUGUGUCUUCCACUCAGCUUCUCUACCAAUCUGCUCCAUUUCAAGCAGCAAUUCUAUUUCUAACAGGCCCUCUUGUGGAUCAAAUGCUUGUCAACAAAAAUGUCUUUGCCUUCAAUUACACUCCUAUGGUCUUGGUAUUCAUAGUAUUAUCUUGUAUAAUAGCUGUAUCAGUAAACUUCAGCACAUUUUUAGUGAUUGGAAAAACAUCACCAGUAACCUAUCAAGUUCUAGGGCAUCUCAAGACUUGCCUUGUUCUAGGAGUUGGCUACUUAAUAUUAAAGGACCCUUUCACUUUUAGAAACAUCAUUGGCAUUCUUGUUGCCAUUUUUGGUAUGGCCUUGUACUCUUAUUUCUGCAUUCAAGACAAUACAAACAAACAAUCAAUCAAUGGAUCCUCCAUUGCCAUCUCAGGUAAAAGACAAAGACGGUCAGCACUUUUAUUAAACGAAAAAGAGAAUAAUGAGCCUCUGAAAUCAAUAAACAAAGAUUCUGUUGUAUAAAAAUUAAGAAGUAACAUGCUUUUUUAGGCGGUGUUUGGAUCGAAGAU